AUGGAAACCUUCAAGAACUGUACUUGUGCUGGAUCAGGUGGCAACUUGGGAGACCAUAACUGCAAGGAAGGGAAUUUCCUGUAUUUUGCCUAUGGCAGUAACUUGUUGUGGGAGAGGAUAACGUUAAGAAACCCAUCUGCAGCUUUUCAUGCCUCAGCGAAGUUACAGGAUUACAAGCUUGCUUUUGGCUCUCCUCAAGGGAAACUGAGUUUGACUUGGCAUGGAAGUACAGCUACUAUUCUGCAGAGCCCUGGUGAUGAAGUGUGGGGAGUAGUUUGGCUGAUGAACAGUCAUGACUUAAGAUCUCUGGACAAACAAGAGGGAGUUGAAGGUGGUCUUUAUGUCCCGAUAGAAGUUAACGUUAACACUGAAGAAGGUAAAACACUAAGAUGUCGAAGUUAUCAGAUGAAUGACUAUGUUCGUAAUCUUCCUUCUCCACACUAUAAAAAAGUCAUCUGUCUGGGGGCAAAGCAGAAUGGUUUGCCAAAUGACUAUCAGAAGAAAUUAGAAACUAUAGAAACAAACAACUAUAUGGGAAAUGUGCCAGUAUUUGAAGAAAUCGAAGCUGCUGUCAAUGCUUCUGAGAACAUAAUAAAAUAACUAUUU